GGCGGGCGCCGCGGCGUGCGGGAGCCGGCGGGGAUGCGGCAUGGCUCUGGGCUCCGUGAAGAUGCCGCCGCCGUGCGAGGGCGCGGAGCUGGCGCGGAGCUGGAGCCCCGGCGGCGGAGCCCACGACCCGCCGCCGCCGCCGGUGCAGCUGCGGCAGAAGCUGCGGGAGCUGCCGGCGCUGCUGCGGAGCGGGCUGACGCUGCGGAGGAAGAGCGGCGCCGCCGCCGCCGGCCGGACCCUGUCCAGAAGAAUUUCAAAUCCAUAUUUGGAAACACCUUCAAACAAGAUAUACGGAGAAAGUUCUUCCUGUGCUGGGAGAGCUCUCAGGAAUAUUUUUACACUACAAGCUUCUGACCUGAUUAAAGACAGGGUGUACCUUACUGGAAUUUGCAGGAGAAGCUGUGUUGGAUCAGAACUGGUGGACUGGCUCCUGGAGCACUGCCCUUUUGUUAAGUGCCGAUCUACAGCAGUUGGCGUGUGGCAGCUUCUUCUGGAUAUGGGAAUUGUGUUGUCAGUGGACAGACAGCUGUAUUUUCAAGACACUCAUGCUUUCUACCAGUUCUCAGCGGAUGAAUGUAACUACCUUUUCUGUGAAUUUGAGAGAGAUGAAGGAUGGAAGAAUGGUGUAAAGCUCCUGCUUCAACUACUGCCAUUAUCUCCUCCCAGAAUUGACAUGUGCAAUCUGCCUGAUCAAAAAAUAGAAGAUAGAGCAGAAACGAAUGCUGAAAUUCUUGCUCGCCUCACUUCUGCGGUACAGAGAGAACUGGCUGCUGUCAUUGCCUUGAAAGCAAGGAAGUCAGCAAUUCAUCAAAAUGAAGAAAACAGCAGUCAAGAAAUAAGAGGGCUGGAAGAGCUCAAGGAUACGUCUGAUGCUCAGGCAGGGGUUUUGUGCAAGCUUCAGGAAAGAGAUGACAUUGGACGGAUUGAGCUAGUCCAGAAGCUGGCGAGAGAAAACUGUCAGUUUUUGCAGGCGGAUAGAAAACAACCAGAGAAGACAGAACAAGCGGACGGCGGCGGCGCGGCGGCGGCGCGGGAGGCGGCGCGGGAGGCGCUGGUGCUGAGGAAGGUGUGGUCACGCAGCCCGGCCCCCGAGCGGCGCGCGAGAUACGUGGUGGUGUCGGGGACGCCGGAGAAGAUCCUGGAGCACCUCCUCGGCGACCUGCACCUGGAAGCCGCCCAGGACAAAGAGACGGAAACUCUCCUGGAUGACUUUCUUCUCACAUACACAGUCUUCAUGACGACUGAUGACUUGUGCCAGGCACUUCUGAGGCACUAUUGCGCUAAGAACCAGCAAGGUAAAGAAGACGACUCUGAUGUGUCCUGUAGGAAACGAAAAGUCUUGCAUUUGGUGUCUCAGUGGACUUCUCUGUACAAAGACUGGUUACAUGAAGAUGAACAUUUAAAACAAUUUUUAAAGACAAUAUACAGGAAUGUGUUAGAUGACGUGUAUGAAUAUCCCAUUCUUGAGAAGGAGCUGAAAGAAUUUCAAAAGAUACUUGGAAUGCAUCGUCGUCACACUGUAGAUGAAUAUUCACCUCACCGAAAGAAUAAAACCUUUUUCCACCAGUUCAGUCUAAAAGAGAACUGGCUGCAGCACAGAGGAACCAUGAAUGAAGCAGAAGAAAUGUUCUGCCGUGUGUAUAUAACAGAGCACUCCUAUGUCAGCGUGAAGGCUCAAGUAUCCACUUCAGCUCAGGAGAUUCUGAAGAUCGUAGCAGAAAAGAUCCAGUACACGGAGGAGGAGUUGGCACUGGUUAUAGUCAGCUUCUCCGGCGAAAAACAUGAACUACAACCAAAUGACUUGGCUAUCUCAAAAUCUUUCGAGUCGUCCAGUCGUCUGUUUGUCUACCGAAAAGAUCUGACUGAUUCUUUGAACCCCUUUGCUGAAAAUGAGGAAUUACAACAAAGAUCGGUGAGAAUUUUGGGAAUCAACACCUGGGAUCUUGCCUUGGAGUUAACAAACUUUGACUGGAGUCUCUUCAAUGCAAUUCACGAGCAAGAGCUGAUAUACUUCACCUUCAGCAGGCAGGGCAGCGCUGAAAACACUGAGAAUCUCAGUCUUCUGCUUCAAAGAUGCAAUGAAGUCCAGCUUUGGGUUGCCACUGAGAUCCUCCUCUGCAGCCAACUCUGCAAACGUGUACAGCUAGUGAAAAAGUUCAUCAAGAUUGCUGCCCACUGUAAAGCCCAAAGGAAUCUGAAUUCAUUCUUUGCCAUUGUUAUGGGUCUCAACACCGCGUCUGUCAGCCGACUGUCUCAGACCUGGGAGAAAAUUCCAGGGAAGUUCAAGAAACUUUUCACUGAACUGGAGAGUUUGACGGACCCUUCCCUGAAUCACAAAGCCUACAGAGAUGCAUUCAAGAAAAUGAAAUCUCCGAAAAUUCCUUUCAUGCCCUUACUUCUGAAAGAUGUUACAUUCAUCCACGAAGGAAAUAAAACUUUUCUGGAUAACCUUGUUAACUUUGAAAAGCUGCAUAUGAUUGCGGAUACCGUUCGAUCAUUGAGACAUUGCAGAAAUAACCAGUUUGGCAAUGAAGUUCCUUCAAAAGAGCAUCACGAGCUGAAGCCAUACGUCCAUCACCUGCAUGUCAUCGACAACCAGCAAGCUCUGUUUGAGCUUUCUCACAGGAUAGAGCCGCGAAUGUGAGCGUACACAGCUUCAUAUAACCUUGUAACUGCAGCACUUUGAAUUCAGUGAAUGUUUAUGCCAAGCAUGUUGCUUCCCUAUAUACGAACAGUUUACUGAGUUUUAUCAGUAUCUCAUGCAACAUACACAGGAGAGUCGAGCAGAGCAAGCAGAGGAGCUGUUCACAGAAUUGCAGGGCAAGCCUGGUGCCAUCCCCACUUGUCACCACAACAGGAGGGAGCGGAGCAGCCACCUUUGAGCUCAGGAGCUUGGUCUCUGUGAAAAUAUUGUUUGGUCCAGUGUAGCUUUCAAUGCAGAUUCUGACAGUAUUAGAGUGAAAGGAAGCUUCAUGUCACAGCCGCAAAACAUUUCAGCAAGCGACAUGCAACAAGGGGAUUCGCAGUUCACCGCAGUACCUCACUAAUUCAAGGCUGCCAGAGUUUUCUUGCCAAAAAUACUGUGCAAUCCAUACAGUUUUCCUGAGUCCACCGGCGCAUCUUAUUUGAGAUAAGUGCAGACAACGAAGAAUGGGAAUAUAAAAAGACAGUGCACCAUGUGAGACUCACUAGUGUGUUGUAAUUUUGAAGUCAGAUGCAAACAGUUCACACUGUUAUGGUCCCUUAAGAGUCUACUUUAUAAAACGCACUAUCAGAGCUAAUCCACUUCUGUUGCAGUUUAUUGACACAGUUGUUUGUAAACUAAAACUCUUAUUUUCUCCCUUUUUGAUUAUGUCAGAUUUAGUACUAGCUCCUGCAGUUAACAUGCUGUAAAUUAUUAUAGCAGGAGCUGUUUUUUGCUUGGAUUAUGGACUUUUUUUGUGUCUAUUCAGGGGCAAUGUCUAGGUUCCCUGUGUACGUAUCUAACCUCCUGGAAGUACUCUGUUUUAAUUUGCACACGUUUCUAGUUCUUACAGAACAAGUGGGUGCACCUCACAGGGUACCCGUGCACACACCAGGCUCUCAGCAUUGUGGUCCCCCUAGCCAGUUACCAUGAAGCUAAAAGUAGUACUUACGGGCAUGUUCUGAGAGAGCAUUUCUAAAGUUGACCUACGUCUAAGCACUCCUGCAACUUAGCUCUGGUUUUCAGUGCUAAGGAGUUGCCCCGAAGUAGUCUAGUGCAUGCCACGGGCAGUGUGCGGUGUGCUCCCCUGUCUAGCACAUGGCUAUGCAGUGACGUGCAGUAACAGUCUCUUUGCAGAGCAGGGUGGGUACACUGCCUUGCUUGCCCGUAUCUGUUGUAUGUUUUCCACAUCAGGAAGACUUUUAAGAAAAUGCUCCCUUACUGAAAUGUGGGCCCCCUGAAGCAGCAUGCUCUUUCACCAUUAUGUGAACUCUGGUUUAAGGGGAUUUAAGAAAAGCAGCUUUAACAAGUCGUCUGUGGGGGAAUCUGUAGGAUGCAUUCAGUUUUCCCAUCUGUGAAAUAUUGUAUAGAACUACUGUAAAGGAAACAAAUGUUUCAGAAAUGUAUUUGCUUGUACUUUGUUAUUAUCAAAUACUAUAUGAUUUUUUUUAGAAAAAAAAAUCUUCUUUUUACCCAGUAAAAAGAAAAAAAUAAACUCUUGCUGGCCAUGGAGUAAAAAUUUCCUAUGUUCUUCUGUAGAUGUGACUGCACAUAUUGUAAAUAACUCCUUUUGUGCAAACAGACCAAAACUGUUCAGAUCAGGAUACUAGCUGGAGUGGACUCCUUUUUACAGUAUAAAAACACAAGCAACAAAUAGUGUUUGUUUCUUGUUUUUUUGUAGUUCUUCCUCUGGCUACAGUGCUCUCUGAAUCCCCUGCUGGGGUUGUUUGCUGGUUCUUGAGCUCCCCCUUGUGAAAUCCCUUUAUUGCGGCAUAAUUUUCUGGAUCCUGCAUGUAGACCUGACUGUGUGCUUUGGUUCAUUUGGGAUAACACUUUAUUCCACAGGUUGUUCUGUUGAAAUCUGUGAGGAGGAGAGCAUAAGAAGAUUUUCAGUGCAAGAAAGUGGCUUAACUCUCAGUUCCCUGCUCUCUUGGCUCUGUAAUAGUUUUGGUAGUUACAGCUGGUGAAACAACAGUGGUGCCAGAAAAAAGUAAAAGACAAAGAAAUGAAAGAGGGGAGUGAAAAACAGAAGAAAAGAAAAAAGACUCAAGCUUUGAUUUGGAAAUAUGUGAAAGCCAGCUUGAGGGCUCCUCGCUCUGCCAGUUCAAACUGGUCUGAAGUACGUUGAUGGGCCAACUUCGUUCCAGCAGGCUUCCAGCCAGAUUAGAUAUCAGCUAUCUGCAGUGCUGUAACUUUAUACUAAGUCAGGUAUUGUCUACCCAUUGCAGCUGGCAUAAAAUCAGUUUGAAGGCACAAAGCCAACAUUAACUCUGUAAUCUGUGUUCUGGCUAAUAGGACUAUUGUUUAAAACAUUACAAACCAGUUUUCAUAGUGGCCUUUAUUAUUUGGAUACAACUUUCAAGUCUGAGGGGCCGACUUUGGGGCAUUGAUUUCACACUGAGAAUAUGGACCUUUUAACUCUAACCAUAACAGAAAAGCAAAUAGCCUGAACCUCUGUAGUUCAUGUGUCUAACAAAUAAAGGCCCACUGGAGUCUUUGUUUGACAGCUGAAGUAUUGCAGAGCUGGACUUCAGACUGGCAAGCAGCUUGAAGGUGUGGUGUUUGGGAGGAGAGUUAGAAAUAAACCCCAUGAAAAAGAGAGGAACACUAUAUGGCCUCUCCCAGGUUCAAGGACUGGUAAUAUUGUGGUUUUUAAUCAUACUUACCUCCCCAAUAGCACAAUUACAUUACGUAGGAUAAAACCUGUGAAUCUCUUAAGUUCAGUCUUCCACAGUCACACCUGGGGUUAUAUUUUCUGCAUGUUUUCUUGAGUAGCUAGGAGGAGUAGUAAGACAAAACAAAAUAAAAAGCUGGGUCACUCUAUAGCUCUUUGAUGUGGGAUUUUGCUGCAUCGAAUUUAGAUGCUUCUAUGACACAUCCUUUUGACUCCAGCCACAUCUCCGAUGAUAGUACUAAAUUCCAUUUGCAUGACAGUGGCAAAAAGAAAAAGUGUUACUAGAAACAAAAAUACAUAUGCUGCUGUAAAAUUACAAAGAAAGAUGUAAAUAUUAAACAUUUUAGCAGAGAAAUAUUUAUUUGCAUAGCCUAUUUAUUGUCCUCUUAUUACACUGUUAAGAAAUACUGGGAUGAAGUCAAUGAGCUGAGGUAAGGACACCUGCCUGUUAUGUUCUCUCUGAGUGCCAUAAUGCUGUCAUCUUGCAUUAAAUAAUAAAACAGAAAACCCCAAAUCAAGGUAUUAACCUAAAUUCUCAGGGACUACAGCUAGUAGUUAUCCACCAUUAUGAGACCUGGUAUGUAUGAAAUAGUCUGAUUUACCAGAAUCAAUGUUGCCAAUAUUUUUUUCCAUAUUUCAUGCUUGUCUGCCUCUGUACAUAUUACUGUGUUGUGUAUUUAUGAGAGCUAGUAAGCAAUAAUUUAUAUGUCAAAAUGGCCAAGCAAUACAAGGUUAAAACUUGUAGAAGCAACUGUUACAUUUAUCUUGCAUUUUCCAGUGUUUUUUAAUAUUGCUUUUCAAAAUAUAAAAACUACCUUAAUGAA